AUGGAAAGACGCGGACGCGGAGGUGGUGGAAAGGUGCUGCUGCCGCCCAUCAACUACAUUUUCAAGCUCCUUCAGACCCGCGCAAAGGUCUCGAUAUGGUUGUUUGAACAGCUGGGCAUCCGCAUCGAGGGAACCAUCAGAGGAUUUGACGAGUUCAUGAACCUGGUCGUCGACGACGCCAUCGAGGUCAAGCAACCCACAAAGACCGACCCUGAGGAGUCGAGAAGAAGCCUUGGCCAAAUCCUGCUCAAGGGCGACAACGUUGCUCUCAUCCAGAGUCUAUGA